GUGAUAGUAAGGUCACGAACAGUAGCGCUUUUUCCACCAACUGCCAAACAUUGACAGAUGGGGCUACACUACUACACUAAACUCCACGAUUUCUAGUUUACUAAGGAGCUUCAAGGUGUAAUAUCUAAUUGGUCAGAGAAUGGCCCAGUGUGAGAGACUGAGCUCUAAGGAGGAGGCCUUGAUCCGAAGUGUCUUUAAGAACUACGUGUUGGAGCAUCACUCUGAGGAUAUCAGCCAGAUCAUUACAGAGGCUGAAAUGCACACUCACCAUCCCAUAGUUGUCAACGCCAUGAACUUAUUUGAGGCAAACAUGGAAGUUGGGGACUAUUUUAAUGUGUAUCCCAGUGAAGUCUUGACUCUUUUUGAUGAGGUUUUACAGCAAAUUGCCCUGGAGCUUUCAAGGAAUGGCCAGCAGGGGGCAGCAGAGCAGAAGCCAAUGUGCACGCUUCAUGCACGGAUCUCAGGUUUACCUGUGUGCCCUGAACUCACCAGAGACACAAUCCCUAGAUCCAGAGAUGUGGGCCAUUUUCUCUCAGUCACUGGCACAGUCAUUCGAACAAGUGAUAGUAAGGUUCUGGAGUAUCAGCGCGACUACAUGUGCACUAAGUGUCGAUAUGUUUUUCAAGUCAAUGCUCAGUUUGACCAGUUCUACACGUUUGUUCCUCCUGUGGCCUGCCCCAACCCCGAACGCUGUGAGUCCCACAAAUUCAGCUGCCUCUCCGGGGACACAGAGCCUGCUGCCUGCAGAGACUACCAGGAGAUCAAGAUCCAAGAGCAGGUCCAGCGGCUCUCCGUGGGCAGUAUUCCACGCUCCAUGCUCAUCGCUCUUGAGGAUGACUUGGUGGAUUCUUGUAAAUCAGGAGAUGAUGUGACCAUCUAUGGGAUUGUGUGUCAGCGCUGGAAGCCUUUCACUGAGGGCACUCGCUGUGACGUGGAGCUCAUCCUGAAGGCCAACCACAUCGAGGUGAACAACCAGCACACGGCUGUCUCUGUGCUGCUGGAGGAAGCCCACAAGGACAUGGAGGACUUCUGGGAAACAUACAAGCUCAACCCCCUGGCUGGUAGGGACCAGAUCUUGAUGAGUUUUUGCCCGCAGAUAUUCGGCAUGUAUGUGGUCAAACUAGCUGUUGCUAUGGUGAUGGCUGGAGGGGUACAGAGGAUUGACUCUACAGGAGGCAAAGUUAGAGGUGAGUGCCACAUGCUUUUGGUGGGCGACCCGGGUACAGGAAAGUCUCAGUUCCUCAAGUAUGCAGCAAAAGUCAUGCCUCGCUCUGUGCUCACAGCUGGAAUUGGGUCUACAAAUGCAGGUCUGACUGUGGCAGCUGUAAAGGAUGGGGGAGACUGGCACUUGGAGGCGGGAGCUCUCGUCUUGUCUGAUGGAGGCUUGUGUUGUAUAGAUGAAUUUAACAGCAUUAAAGAGCAUGACCGCAUCAGUAUACAUGAGGCUAUGGAGCAGCAGUCCAUCAGUGUUGCCAAAGCUGGUAUGGUAUGUAAGCUGAACACCAGAACCACCAUCCUGGCAGCCACCAAUCCCAAAGGCCAGUAUGACCCUUCCCAGUCCCUGUCGGAGAACGUGGCCCUGGCCAGCCCUUUGCUCAGCCGCUUUGACCUGGUGCUGGUGCUGUUGGACAGCAGGAACGCUGAGUGGGACCGCACCAUCUCCUCCUUCAUCCUGGAGGACAGAGGACGUCCAGGACAGCCUGCAGACUGGUCCAGCCUGUGGCCCAUAGACAAGAUGAAGGCAUACUUCUGUUUGAUUAAACGACUGCAGCCUCAGCUCUCACAGGACGCCAACAGAGUCCUAACCAGUUACUACCAACUGCAGAGACAGAGCCAAGGACGCAACGCCCGCACCACCAUCCGCAUGCUGGAGAGCCUGAGCCGGCUGGCCGAAGCACAUGCCAAACUCAUGUACAGGGAGACUGUCACAAUUGAAGAUGCUAUCAUGGCGGUGUCUGUCAUGGAGUGCUCUAUGCAGGGCGGCGCUCUUCUUGGAAGCAUGAAUGCAUUACUGACGUCUUUCCCUGAUGAUCCCGUGGAGCAGUACAAGACUCAGUGUGAGCUCCUGUUAGAAGGGCUCCACUUGCCUCAACUGCUGCAGAAAGAGAUGGACAGACUGUCAGCACAAUCAGGCAGCUGAGGAACUUCGGCAUUCAUAUAGAUAUUUUAUAUUUAUUUACAAUGACCUGUGGUAUUUUACUCCUCAUUUUAAACUGUAUAUAUCAUGAAAUACUGUAAAGAAAUUGUACAUUGAUUUAUUAAGUUUGUGUGUGUGUGUGUGUCUGUGUACCUUGUUAAGCAUGGAUUCCUACUGUGAGCAGUCUUGCCUCUCUACUCUCCACAGACCUGACCCAUAAAAUGCUUACUUCUUGUCUCCAUGGAGAUAGAUUUAAUUUAUGCCAUACUGUGAAUCAUUCUAGGCAAAAAUAACUCCAUGGCGACAAACAAAUUGCAGAGCUUUGGACAGAAAAAACAGAAGAUGACCAUGCAAACAAAGAUGUCAGCUCUUCUCUCAGUUAUUACAUUCAGACAAGAUUUAUGUUUGAGAUGGAAAGUACAAAAACUUCACUCGUAUUAUGCCAUUCAAUAUGUACAUAAUGGAGAGCCUGUAAAUAAUUUUUAAGCAUGAUUUACAAAGGAA